UUUCCCACAAGAAAAAAAAAAUUGGGGCGGUGAUCAAUAAUGGCGUAAUAAAUGCGUCAGAUUUUUUGAACAAAUCAGGCACACGUGUGGGACUAGCGUCAUCCCCUCAAAAACCUUUUACCAACUGCACAAGCAUUUUUUUUGUACCAGUUGUUACUAUAGCAUGGAUUGUCCAGUCUGUCAGAAAACCUUCACCCAAAGAAAAUCCAUGAAUUGCCAUAUGCAAGAAAAACACAGCCUGAAUAUGCCUAGGAUACAUUGUAGCCUGUGCCCCAAGAGCUUUGUCCGCUUGGAACAUUAUAAACGGCACCAGCGAGAUAUACACGAACCACCGCGCUACGAGUGUCCCGUUUGCCGAUGCAAAAAUUCAAGCAACCAGACCAUUUACGACAACACCAGCGAAUCUGUCCACAACUGAACACACCUUUGCCCAGGGCGAUGCAAGAACCACCCUUGGUAUCUGUACAACUAGUCAUUGAUGUCCAAAGUCCCAAGAUUAUAGACAAGCAAAACUUCAAGCAUUAGCCAACGACAUUUUGUCCGUGGCAUUCUCAUUUGUAUUAAACCAUUAGAAAAAGACAUUUUUUGCUGGACAAAGCAGAACAUUUAUGGCUUGUUAUUAAAGCCGUGUCAUUUUGUAAAAUCGUUCAAAGCGGCAGUGGCACAAAAAAACCCCCUUCAAGUGCCAUUUCAAAAAUGCGGCUUUUUUGGCUCUGGCUGUGAUGUUGUAAAUAACGCAUUCGGGUUUUUGUUUAAUAAAAUAAGCAGAACGAGUAAACAAAUCGAGUGUGGUUUUUUCAGGGAGACCCCGUGCAUAAAUGGCGUGUAGUUAUUUUUAAAUAUCGUGGAUCGAUGGCGUUUUUCAAAAAAAUCUGACGUGUUCAUACUUUUUGAAAUCUAGUGAUGGCGUGUAUGGUAGUUCACAAAGUUUUUUGUUUUCACAAGACUUGGCUGGGUUUUUGUCCGCUGCACCAAACCAAAAAAAUGAGUGAGCCAUCGAUGAAUGAGGUGAGUUACAUCAGUUGACGUGUUAUCUCCAAAAAAACCCCAACAUAAAUAAACUCGCAUUGAAAGUUGUAGAACAGUGCUGUAUUAAUGGUGAUUUUUUUCUUUUGGUUUGAAUAGGAUGACCAGGUCACAGCCAAACAUCAAGUAAGUUCAUGUUUUUGAUUCAUGCUUAAACCCUCUACCCGCACCUAGUAGAGAUUUUUUUUUGUACGAAAUUCGCUGACUCUCAACAGGGUUUUUUCCCCCCACAAAGUUGUUGACAGAUUCAAAACAACGCCCCUGAGCUGACGCCAGUAAGUUAAGAUUUUUUUUCUCAAGUGGCCGAUAAGCCGAUAGAUCCAAGAAAUCUUUUAUUAAUUUAAAACAACUUCUGUGUCAGAUUCAACUGGGUUGAGUUCGAAUGUUUUUUACUCUUACCGAAAAAAAAGCCACUUGAAAAUCCCAAAUUUUUCUCGAUUGGCGCUGACGCCACACACCACGGCUUAUUUUUUUUCCCGCUCUUUCAGGUUACCGGAAUCUGCCAAAACCAAUUUUUUUAUAAUCAGUUUACGAGGUCUGGACAUAAGUCGAUAAAAGACAAAAAGUUUAUUUUAAAAUGAAUCAUUCUCUCAGUAGGUUCUGCACGAACAAAAUGAAACGAGUUCGAAAGCCAAACAUUCCCACGACUGGUCCAGUACAAACAAUAUUUAUAUAAAAAAAAUGAGUGAGCUACUUACAGUUUUUUCGACAUCUUCGCCACCGGCAACGCUGACUAGCUGUAAAAGGCAAAUAAACAAGUCAAUUCACCAAACCUUUUUUUUCUUUCAGGUUUUUUUUCAGUCAGGAGUCUGUCCAGUAUGUUUGGAAACCAAAGGGGAGCGACUACCCUGCUGCCAAGCUAACAUACACACCAUUUGCUUGGAAGAAUGGAUUUGGCUGGGAAAUUCCAUCAAGUGCCCUUGCUGUAAACAAAAACUAACACCAACUCACAUUCAAAGUCUACUGGUGGGCCGAUUCAAACGCGUUCCGGGCAUGAAAGCCGAGUUGAUCCAAGUAAGGCCCCUGUGGAAAUUCUCGAUUGAAGUUAACUCUUUUUAAAAUAACAGAAUUUUACCGGGUUUUUUCUUCACCCUAGGAUUUAGAACGAAAUAAAUGCCAAUGAGUCGAAGCGUGGGCGAGUGGGAAUUCAGCAGCCAUUUCAAGAAGCAAUACCCAAUUUCAAGAAAUUGUACAACUUGGCUGCAUUGGUUCGGACUCAAUUUCAUGGAAUUACUACCCCAUGUAACCAUGGAAGGAGAUUCAGUAACCUUUACAAUGAGGUUCUAAAAAUCUGUUUUAAAGCAAUGUCAGUCAAAACUACAAACGGACUUUUUUUCUCGAGCGCGCACACUGUCACAAAUGGCCGACAACCCACGGAAAACACUAAUAACUCACCUAUUUAGUAGAGACCGGCUUAGUUUCACUCCAUACAUUAGUUAGAACAAGGUGACGGACUGGCUUUUCAUUUCUUGUUAACCGCAAGUAUAUUAAAAAAAACCUACUGGGUAGUUUUGUUCGAGCAAGUGCCAAGCUUUUCACUUCCAUUCAACACCGAGCACUCGGGUCUCUCCCUCUUCGUUGGAGAGAAAUAACAUGCUGAAACAAAAACUCACCUGCACAGUCAAACUCAGGGUUUGUUUCUUCUUCCAGUAAUUUCAGCCAUUUCGCAAACAGUGGUUUAACCAUACAUGUUUUUUUUGCACCGCUCAAAAAAAACCUGCCCGUCUACUCGAAUUCACUGCACGUUAUGCCAAAACCACGAGCUCUUCUAGGCUGGCAUCAGCUCAUCACGUGCUCCAAUGGCGUCACCAGCAUUUUCUUGCCCUUCCCUAGUCGUUGUGUCACCCUCCCUCCCCUUAAACUAAUUUUUUUUUCGAUUGGUAUAAAAAACAGAUGAGUUACUGGGACUGCCUACCGCCAGAACUUCAAGAGUCCAUUAUCCAGUUGGCUGAAAGUCAACUUGCCCAUGAGCAGCGAAGACAAGAACUGCUAACUAAAAUAAACAAAGAAAUCUGCCUAUAUAUGCACGUACAAGAGGCCUGGGGCCUAGGUGGCCUAAGACUGCAAAAUGCCAAGAACAGACUACGUAUCAGCGGCUAUUACGAAGACAAAGGAUGAAAGCACCAUCUUUUGUUAGCCAUCGACAAAUUUGAAGAUGCCUUCAAAAGGAUGAAUCAUGUAAAAUCAUUCCUGUAAUACUGUUGCACACAAGUUUUGCAAUUGUAUAUUUUACACCUUGUCCUUAAUUAUAUGUAAUAAGCAAAUAGUGUUUUUGCUAUCAUCUCUGUUAUAAUCUUGGCUUUAAAUGCUUUUUUAAUUAGUCCCCAGCACGCACACAGUAGUAAAAACUUUAUACAUCCGCUAACGCCCAUAUCCCCUUAAUUCGGCCAGGUCCUCCCUUUUUUUUGUGCAAGCGAGCAGCUGACGACUACGGCUACCCCUGACCUUUGACUGCACGCAAGCAGCUGACGACUAUGGCUACCCCUGACCUUUGUCCGCGCAUGCGAGCAGCUGACGACUAUGGCUAUCCCUGACCUUUGACCGCGCACGCGAGAUGACGCCACGCAAGCCGCUGACGCACACGUAUUAAUAAAAGGAGCGGCCUGAAAAAAAAUUGUACACUUGCCACGAGCGCUGAUCAUGGCUGAGCUGACCGACGAUGAGACGAAUCGCCCUAUGGACCUGUAUGAAGCAGUGAGUAUCUAAAAAAAUGGACAGUUUAACGUGCACCCUAUGCGCCCAAGUCAUCCUUAGUACUGAGAUUCCCACUCGAACCAAGUGUUGCCAUUACUUUGUUCAUUACAAUUGCUUCACCAAGGCACUCGGUGAUCAAUUGAACAAAGCUAUGAUGGCUGAGAAGUUGUACUGCCCACUCUGUCACUUGUUGUGCAUGCUAAGUGCGCUCGUGGCCAUUUUGGACUGAGUCUGGUCACACCCCCACUAGACAUUUGUUUUGGACUUGAGAUUCGUACGACACCUUUUGUCACGCCUUGUUCAUCACCUUUCUUUUCAUAGAGUAGCUGGGAUUGGUUGCCACCCGAAAUCCAAGCCUACAUUAUCUCACUCGCUGAGUUGCAACUCGCCUUUGAGGAGAAAAGGGAGCGUGAAAUAGUCAAUGCAGAAACGAGAAAAUAUGAACAGUGGUUGUUUAGACCGAAACCACCCAAGUUUCGCGAGUUAGAUACUUCAAUUUAUUUCCGUCAAUACAAUUCAUUUGAUAGAGUUGCUGGGAUUGGUUGCCGCCCAAAAAUCCAAGAGUCUCAUUGACAGACGCGAAAGUGAGAUCGAGAGAGAAAUGUUUUUUUUAGGGUAGAGAAUUGACAACGCUAAGUCCACUUUACUAUUUCUAGACUGAAAAGAGUCACUGGGAUUGGCUACCCACAGAAAUACAGUGUUCUGUGAUUUCGCUAGCCAUGCAGCAACACAUUAUUGAUCGGAGAAGGAAGGAACUAUUGGGCAGGCUUCAUGAAGAAAUUGUGGAUUAUGCAAGAUUAAAGACAGCCUGGGGAUAUGGUCACGUAGAAAUAAAAAAGCGAAAAUGUUAUCUAACCGUUUGUAAAUUGUUAUACGGGUGAUUUAUGUCCGAUCACAUGGAUAUCUACGGUCAUUAUGUCAGUCUCCAUAAUGAACUAAAGAAACUGUAUUUAGGGUGCAGCGUUAAAGAUGCCUUGAAUGAUGUAGAUGAGAAAAAAUCGUUCUUGUUCUCUGCUGAUGUCUGAUUGGUUCUUACAGAGUCACUGGGAUGGGUUACCACCCAAAAUACAGGAUUACGUGCUUUCCUUGGCUACCUGGCAACCCAAACUCGUCCGCAGAAAUAAUGAACUGUUACGCAGUCUUCACCAAGAAAUCCUAGACUAUGCAAAACUGAAGGAAGAAUGGGGCAUAGGACACAUUAAGAAUGUUGUAUGUCGAUGUGGUUUCCCCUUUUGUCGAGGAAAGAAGGAACAAUUUCAACAUUUGAAAAUAUACGGAUGUUACACUGACGAUAAACCUCAAAAAACGUGUAUAGUCAACACUUACGAAGCUGCUAUGGAACGCGCCCCCUUUGUAAAGUUGCUCCUCUACCCCAUCGGUUUACGCAGUGCUAAAUACAACUUAUACAGAUAUAAUAAAUCUCUUUCAGAGUCACUGGGAUAGACUACCCCGAGAAAUACAGUGUUAUGUGCUUUCGUUGGCUACCUGGCAACAUAUCGUUGACCGAAGAGGGAACAGACUGUGUCGCAAGAUUCUUAGAGACAUUUUAUAUUACACUAAUCUGAAAAGAGAAUGGGGACACGGUCACAUAGAAGUAAAAUGGUUUAAAUGCAAUAGACCCCAAUGUAUAGCGUUUUACAGACCAUUCAUUCCCCAUCACACUACCGUCCAUGGUUGUUAUGUAAACUGUCGUAAUGAGAAAAAGAAAGCAUGGUUAGGGUUCAAUUUAGUUCACGCCAUGGACAAUGUAUAUGACGAGAGAAGUAUGCUUGUAUGAUUGGAUGUGUUAUAAGCCAAUAAAAAACAUUUGUGCUUGACCUCAUUAAAAAAAAGCAUUGUACGUGUCCUCAAUCAGUGUGUCCUCAUGUCUGCAGACUCCAAGACGAAGUCGGUCACUCUCCACAGUGCCCACGCCCAGACUCAACGUUCCACAUCGCACUCGUUCUCUGGACCAAGUCCACGACGACGAUGACGACGACAAUGACUGGAUCUUCGAUCCGGCCAUCGACCAGAUCUUAAACGAAAACAGUAAAAGAUCACACGAGCAAGCCUUCUCGGAUGAUGACGACACGCAAUAUGGCAGCGGCGCCACCACCCAUCUCCUAGACUUUGAACUGCGACCUGUAGGCGCCCCACGCAACUGGAGACACAUGGUGAACAAACGUAGAUAUGAAGCCACUCUCAAACAACACCGAGAUGUGACUGCUAGGGACAACCUGGGCCAAGAACUGACCAGCGCCCUGCAAUGAUGCAUCCAGCGACAAAUCGACCAGGAUCCCAGCCUGACUCCCCACUCCACCGUCCAUAUCACCAUGGAGUCCAGCGCCUUCACGCACGCCUUCCAAUCCGCCACCUUCAGCGUGCUCGAAUUCCAAGAAGGCAGCCAAAGACUGGACACUUAUCUCCAGUCUCUUGCGGCCAAACUCAACUCCAACCAGGACUUCAGCCCGGACGACACCUUCACCAUGGAGACCACCUUCAUCCAGACUCCCGGUAGUGGUCACGGCAAGCGAUACCAACCCAGCAAAGCCGCCGUCCGGGGCAUCGUCAAACGGUGACGCGUGACCAUAAAAAACAAAGACCAACUCUGCUGCGCACGCGCCAUCGUCACCAUGAAAGCCUUGGCUGACACCGACAGCAAUGCUCCAGAUCACAAUUAUCACAAUCUCAAACAGGGAUGCCCUGUCCAAGAGCAAUUGGCCAAGGAACUCCACCACUUGGCUAACAUCCCUGAAGGACCUUGCAGCCUAAAAGAACUUGACAUGUUCCAGGCGGCACUACGCGGGUACCAGAUCAAGGUCCUGUCCAUCGACCCGCGGCACAUGAUCAUUUACGCAGAACCCGUAGACUCGGACAAGCGCAUUCUUCUCAUCAAGGAGGCUGGCCUCUACAACGGCUGCAAUUCCUUCGGCGGGUUCCUCAGCAAAUCGUACUUUUGCCACAAAUGCAACCGCAGCUACGACCACAACGACAUUAAAAAUCAUCCGUGUAAAGGCAAAUGGUGCCCCACCUGCAAAAGAAAGGACUGUCCCGAUUACAUCGAAGCCAAAAAGACCGACAAGUUUCCGCAUCCUUCUAAACUAUGCACCCUCUGCCAUCGUGACUUCUUCAGAGACCAAUGCUUAGUCUCCCACCUGUUACUACGGGGCCCGAAAAUCAAAUCCAUCUUCAACACCCACAAAAAGUGCCCAGACUGUUGUCAUGUCUACCAACUAGGCGAUAAAGUGCGUCGCGGUGGCAAUCAUCGUGCUCCACAACACGUGUGCGGAAAGGGCGAGUGCCGCAUUUGCGGCAAACAGGUCAUGCUGUCUAGUCACAAAUGCUUUAUCCAAUGCAUCCCCAAAGAAGACCAACCCAAAACCAAGAGGGUCAAUCACGACCAGGUCAACAGCCGUCCCUUUAGCGAACCCUUGGCGCGUGAUCCCAAUCGUCAUGUGGUGGUAGACAGAGAUCCUCCUCUCCAGGUCUAUGCCGAUUACGAAGCCACCGUGGACCAGGAGGGAGUGCAAUCGCCCAUCCUCCUCUGCGCUGAGACGGACGAAGAUUACGAAGAAGUGUCCUUUUACGGACCCGACUGCACCACCCAAUUCUUCUACCAGUAGAGGCAAUAGCCAUGGACCAAGACUG